AUGUCCAAAGAACCAGCCAAGGACCAUUCUGGAACCAGCCAAGGACCAGUCGAGAACCAGUCAAGGACCAGUCGAGAACCAGUCAAGAACCAGCCGAGGACCAGUCGAGAAACAGUGAAGAACCAGCCUGGAACCAGUCAAGAACCAACCUGGAACCAGCCACGGACCAGUCUGGACCCCGCCUGGAACCAGCCAAGGAUCAGUCUGGAACCAGCCUGGAACCAGUCAAGAACCAGCCUGGAACCAGCCAAGGAUCAGUCUGGAACCAGCCUAGAACCAGGCAAGAAGCAGGCAAGGACCAGCCAAGAACCAACCUGGAACCAACCAAGGACCAGCCACGGACCAGCCUGGAACUAG